CCAUUAAUAUAGGGUGAUUAUUUUACAUCACCCAAACCACGUUGUCAUAUAUAAAUCGAAUAUUUUGCACAGCAUUAUCUCUACAACACAAUCCCACAAUUCUCAUAUCUUUCAUUCAUUGCUGCUUCCAUGUCCAUUGAGAAUCACACUCAAAACCAUCCUUUGCAGGUUGCAAAGCGGUUAGAGAAGUUGAAAGCAACAAUUUUCACCCAAAUCAGUAAGCUUGCCAUCAAACAUGGAGCUGUUAAUCUAGGUCAGGGUUUUCCCAAUUUCGAUGGUCCGGAUUUUGUAAAGGAAGCAGCAAUUCAGGCAAUCAGGGAUGGGAAAAAUCAGUAUGCACAGGGUUAUGGAGUUCCAGACCUCAGCAUUGCCAUUGCUGAGAGGUUUAAGAAAGAUACUGGACUAGUAGUAGACCCUGAAAAUCAAGUUACUGUUACAGCGGGUUGCACAGAAGCAAUUGCUGCAACUGUAUUAGGAUUAAUAAAUCCUGGUGAUGAGGUUAUUCUGUUUGCUCCGUUUUAUGAUUCUUAUAUUGCCACUUUAUCCAUGGCUGGCGCGGAUAUAAAAAGCAUAACGCUGCGCCCUCCAGAUUUCGCUGUCCCGAUUGAUGAGUUGAAGUCGACAAUCUCAAAGAACACUCGUGCAAUUCUUUUAAAUACCCCUCACAAUCCUACAGGGAAGAUGUUCACUAGAGAGGAGCUCAAUACCAUUGCAUCUCUAUGCAUUGAGAAUGAUGUCUUGGUUUUCACCGAUGAAGUUUAUCAUAAGUUGACAUUUGAUAUGGAACACAUUUCAAUUGCUUCUUUGCCCGAAAUGUUUGAGCGGACUGUGACGAUGAACUCGUUAGGGAAGACAUUCUCCUUGACAGGAUGGAAGGUUGGAUGGGCCAUAGCACCGGAACACUUAUCAUGGGGAAUGCGACAAGCUCACACGUUCCUCAAUUUCACAAUUGCAACUCCUUUGCAGUGUGGUGCAGUGGCAGCUCUUCGAGCACCAGACUCUUACUAUGCGGAUCUAAAGAGGGAUUAUAUAGCAAAGAAAACUAUUUUGGUGGAAGGUUUGAAGAGUGUUGGAUUCAAGGUUUUCCCAUCCAGUGGAACCUUCUUUGUGCUUGCAGAUCACACCCCUUUUGGAUUUGAAAAUGAUGUUGCAUUUUGUGAAUAUCUAAUUAAGGAGAUUGGGGUGGCGGCAAUACCUUGCAGUGUGUUUUACUUGAAUCAAGAAGAGGGGAAGAAUUUAGUCAGAUUCACUUUCUGCAAGGACGAGGAAACUCUUAAGGCCGCCAUCGCGAGGAUGAAGGAGAGGCUUAGAAAAUAAUUUUUAUGCAUGACCGGAUAAUGUGAUUCAUAUAUAAAUAAAGGACAUUUUCCUUUCAAUUAUCCCAAAAGCUUUUUGUUAUGUAGGAGUACAAACUCAGGAUGUCAUCAAUAGUUUGAACUUGUUUUCUAUAGUUUGUAUAGCCUAUACAGUAUAGGCUCUGCAUUGUUGUUUUUGCACUUAUAAGUCAAUUUUGUACCUAACUUGUAUUACAGGAUUUGAAUAUGAACUUUUUUCAAGUUA